AUGGCACAAGAGAUGACACCAACGAAGACAUCACUCGUUACCACAGAUGACUGCGAAGACGAAGACAUACAACAGCGGCGGUUCUGCGCGAAGAACUCAAUGGACAGAUUCGGUGAUGACUUGUGUGGACACAUACUGUCGUACCUCUCACUCGAAGAUCGGUUUGACUGCGAAUGUGUUUCCAAACAGUUCCAGAGGACAGUCUUUGAGAGUGUUGUCGACAUCACUCUUCACGACCCGUAUGUGAAGAGAUCGCGGACUGACAUCAAUGACAUGCAAAUGUUGGCCACAAUCGGCCACAAGUGUCCGCACAUUCACACCAUUGACUGCCGAAGAAUAAACAAAAGAAAUCAGAAACAGUUGCGGAAAGUGUUGGCCAUAUUUCGGGACAAUUUGCGACACAUUUACUGCAAUUUAAACAGAAAUACCGAUAAAUUGUGGCCAAAGUUCGGACCAAUGGUCACAAGAAUCGACAGAAUUUCGUUAAAUACGAGACAAUCACUCACUCAUUGCCACCGAUUGUCUCGACUACGGGUCCACACGUUAUGCGAUGUCUUUGACGACACUUUUAAUGAACUAUUUGUGAAGAAUUUGCAGAGAAUUGAGUUUUCAUACAAUAAAUCCGAUGACAAACAACUGUUGUCUGCAUUCGUGGCACAGAAUCAGACCCUAAGAAGUGUUACAAUCAUUGAUCAUAAAUACGAACCUCACGAGAGUUGGACCGAAAUGGGCGAACAGUUGUCACGAUUACCACAAUUACGUGAUUUGACACUCGAUGUGAAGCUAAUGGACGGUCAGAACUCAUUGAACGAGUCUUUGCGAGCAAUUGGUCUGAAGUGUUGGCAAUUGAAACGAUUGUCAUUGACUUUAGGCGUUUACUUCCGUCGACUAAAUAAUCAAUCAUUGGAUUCGUUGCGAUUUUAUUGCAGAUUAAAGCGUUUGGAUUUAACCAUUACUGCGGCCAUCGAUGACGUAUUUCUGGAUCCGUUGAAACUCUGCCACCGAUUAAAGCAUUUAACUCUCAAUUCGUGGCAAAUGAAUGAGAAAUUGUUUGUUAAUUGUGACAAACAGUGGCCACGACUUCAAUACCUACUCAUUACGACUAAUGCUAUCACUCGCGAGGGUUUGGAUAAUAUCUCAAGACUACCAGCGCUGCAGACACUGGUAAUUAAAUGUUGGCAUUUCAACAAAAAUCUCAACGACAAUGUCUGUCAAGAGUUGUCAUUACGACUAAUGCUAUCACUCGCGAGGGUUUGGAUAAUAUCUCAAGACUACCAGCGCUGCAGACACUGGUAA